AUGCUUAGCUUAGGCCUCCAUCCUGAAGACGAUUUGUUUUUAGAUGAGCAAUCUAGAGUUCACAAUGAAUUUCAUUCUCUCCUGACUUGCUCAGAUAAUCCUCAAACAAACUCGUUCUAUAACAACAUAAGUUCAAAAUCCAAGUCCAUGAUCAAACAUCCCACUCAACAGAGGAUUCUAGAAGCGUUGAAUUUUGAUCCAAGGGGGGAUGAAGAACAGAAGUCAAAGAUGAUGACUAGGGCUGCAGUGCAAGUCAUAAUUGCUUAUUACUUCAAGUCUAACACUGGCAAGUUCUUGCAGGUUUUUCCAAAUGAAUCCAUCUUCAUCUCGAGCUUGGUUCGGAUAACCAAACGGACUGGAGAAAGAUUCUUGCAUGAAUACUUCAUGCUCAAUGGGUUUAAGGAGAUGGCCAACCUGAAGCUAUUUCCAUGGAGGAACUACUUCCUCAAAACUUCAAACAAUCUCGUCAUACUCAAAAGACUUAUCCAAUCCCAAAGAGGCUGUUGAACAUCCUCAAGGGAAGAAGUCGGAUCAAAUGUUUUCUUUGAAUAUCAAGAGAUGGAGAUCUUUUUAAUAUUUUAACGAGAUACUUCAUCAAAAGGAUGAGGGAUACAGGUCAUCAAAGAAUUUCAGAUUCUCAAAAAUAAAUUUGGAUA